AUGGUGAGAGUUAUGGAGUACCUUCGCUACCUCCAAGACCCUCACCUUGUCGCCCGCUUUCAGCUUGUUUGCGGGAUACGGGGCACUCUUUCAGAACCUGUUCCUGCCGAUAGUUCGACCUCUGAUGGCUGCAGGUCAGUAAAUAAGGCUCGUUCUCGCAACAACGGGGCUCUCCAUCAUCACACAGCCGGGGAAACAGGAGAUGAACAGUUGACCAGUAUGGGAGUUCCGAGGAGGAUCGCAGAUGUGACUGAGCCUAGAAAACGCAAGCAUGACAUGGAAGACGCUCCCCCGAACGGGGCUGCUCUGUCCCCAGGCGGAGAAAGUGUCGCUGUGCGGCGCAGCACUCUUAAACCCCUCCGCAGAAACUCUCUGACGGGCGAAGCGGGGCAGGAGUUUGUCAUCGAGAACCGCUUCUUGUUUUACUUGUUCACCUUCGGGACAGAGUUGGGAAACGAAUUGUUUUACAUCACCUUCUUUCCCUUCAUCAUGUGGAAUGUGGACGCUUUCGUGAGCAGACGGUUGAUCAUGGUGUGGGUCUGGGUCAUGUACGUGGGACAGUGCACGAAGGAUGUGAUCGGCUGGCCCCGACCCGCUUCCCCACCUGUGGUGAAAGUGGAAAUGUUUUACAACUCUGAGUACAGCAUGCCGUCCACCCACGCCAUGUCAGGGACAGCCAUCCCCUUCUCCCUGUUCUUCAUGACCCAUGGCCGCUGGGAGUACCCUUACACCCUGGGCUUCAGCUUGGCUCUCUGUUGGUGUCUGUUGGUCUGUUCCAGCCGGAUCUACAUGGGGAUGCACUCAGUCCUGGACGUCAUCGCUGGCAUCUUGUACAGCAUCCUCAUCCUCUUCUUCUUUCUCCCUGCGUUGGACAUGAUUGACAGCUUCAACCUGAGCUGCCGCUACGCUCCGCUGGUCAUCGUUUUCAUCCCCUUGGCCCUGGCCCUCUUCUCAUUCACCCUGGACACCUGGAGCACUUCUAGAGGUGACACGGCUCAGAUCCUGGGUGUGGGUGCUGGCGUGGCCCUGGCGUCUCAUGUAAACCAGCUCCUAGGUUUGAUGCCAGACCUGACGGCUGAUCAGCUACCUCUCAUGAUGCCUACCGUAAGUGGCGGCCUGGUGUGUGGCGCUAUGCUGCGGUUGGUUCUGGGAGUGAUAGUCCUCGUGGCGAUACGGGCCAUGAUGAAGACUGUCACCAUCCCACUGGUGUGCUGGCUGUUCAAGGUGCCCAGCUCAGACGUGAGGAAGGCCCGUCAGCAUGUGGAGGUAGAACUCCCAUAUCGCUACAUUGUUUAUGGGACCAUGGGCUUUAGUGUGCUCUUCCUGGUUCCACUGCUCUUCACCUACGUGGAGAACUCUUAAAAGGAUGUAACUUCAGUGCACUGUCAGUCUUCAGCCACGAAUUGGAGAACCAGCAUUUCAAUACUGUUUUUGCAUCUCCGUGUAAACCAGACUUUUCCUCUUCAACAGGAAGUUAGGGCCAGAACUGACUGAGAUGCAUUAAAGCCUGAACACUGAACUCCUUCCUCACUUUCUUAACUUUUCUGCUCUUUUUUCCAACAGACUCAGGUUAGCUCUGGAGCAGGAUGAGGGUGAGGGAGUAUUUCCUUUAAGUGGCACAGUCUUUUAUAAGAUUAACCUGUGGAAAGACAAACCUAUCUAUGUUGGUGUUUUUUACACUGAAUAUCCACACUGUUGCCUUUUUAAAGACAUAUUUCAAGAAUUUUAAUGAGAGGUUUUGCUAAAAGGUUAUAAGCAGGUAAUAUGUAACCUGCAGUAGAUUGCCUCUGAUUAUGCCUGUAGCUAGUGCUUUCAUAGUCAUAUUGACCAUUCAAAGUGCUUCAACAUUACAGUCACAGUCUCCUUGCAGCACUCCCACAUUAACACACCCAACUCUGGAUCAGUAGGUAACUUGGGUUGAAGUACUUCCUCCUACAGUCCAGGUGGGGGAACUGUCCUCAAGUACAAGCAUACAGUCCUAACCUUAGCCACUAUGAUUAGAUCAAAGGCAGACCAUGCAGUUACAUUUCAUUUUGAAAGCAGGACUUCAUGUCUUUCAUAAAACUUGUAAUGACUGUACUCAAAACAUCUCCACGCUCUCACACGUAGUCUCUGCUCAGAGCAAAUCUUUGCUUGCAAAACUCUCUGCUCGCUUGGUGGAAUUUUCCUGCCAUAAUUUAAGAGCAUACAUAUUCAGUCUGAAAACAGGAUUUUAUGUCUUUUGUUCUCAAAACUUUUAAUACUUUUGCUUACGUUCUGCUACUGAUCGCUAACAGUUACUGAUCUUAGGCAGGAUUUUGUUCACCCAACCAAAGACAACAUAGUCAUGACAUGAUAUCUAUCAUGUGUAUCUGUCUUUACACCACUGCAUUCGACGCUUUGCAUUGCACUUGGUGAUGUUUGGCUUGGAUGCAGCUGGUUACCAUGGAAACCCAUUCCAUGCCCACCUUUCUUGAGCUAAUCUGAAGGCCACAUGUAGUUUGAAGGUCAGUAGUGACUGACUCUGCAGAAAGUUGGUGACCUCUUCACACUAUGUGCUUCAGCAUCUACUGACCCCGCUCUGUCGGCUUAGAUGGCCUACCACUUGGUGGCUGAGUUGCUGUCGUUUCCGAAUACUUCCAUUUUCUUAUAAUUCAGCUGACAGUCGACUGUGGAAUAUUUAUGAGCGAGAAAAUUUCAUCACUGGAUUUGUUGCACAGGUGGCAUCCUAUCACAGUUCCACACUGGAAUUCACUGAGCUCCAGAGAGCGAACCAUUCUGUUUGUAAAAACAGUCUGCAUGCCUAGGUGCUUCAUUUAUCCACCUGUGGCCAUGGAAAUGAUUGGAACACCUGACUCCCAUAAUUUGGAUGGUUGAGCAAAUACUUUUGGCAAUAUUGUGUAUGUACUGCAGGGAUUGUGAGUUUGAUCUCAGACCAUGUUGGUUUUUGUUUGGUUUGUUUAGAUUGUGCUUCACAAUAGUCUAAACAAACCAAACAAAAGCCAAUAUGCUCUGUUUUUUUUUUUAACCAGAGCACGUGAAGCACAAUCUAAACAGAUUUUCACUAUAUUUAGACUUCUGAUAAUGCUGUAAAAAUAGUGAAAGUUUGUUUGUUCUUUAGAACAACUUUAUGAAAAUAUAACCCUAGUUUUACCUAACAUAUCUUGUGAAAAUGUCAAAUGUUUUACCAUAUCUUCAACCAUAAAAUGUUAAGUUUAUAAUUUUCUUGUCACAAUCAUUUUUGAAAGCCCAGAUUAGUUUUGCUGGAGGCUAAGGCUAAUGAACAGUCUGAAGGGUACAUACUGUAAGUUUAAUCGGUCUCUGUUUAAAUAACCAUUCAAUGUCCUUAUAAUUAUAAAUUUUCAUUAACAUAAAUUGCUUUGUUAGUUUUUAGAUGGUAGAAUUCUGCUUGACUAGAAUUUAGCUUCAUCCUCUGGGUCCAGCUACUGUAGAUUUACACUAAAUUAAACCCAAAAAAAUCAUCUACCACAAGUAAGAUACAGACUGCUAACAGAACCUCACAUUAAAAAUACUGAACUGUCCCUUUAAUACCUCCCGACUCUCUAAAGCUAAAUUAUCCCUGAUGGUUAUUUUAUAAAGAUGUUAAAAUUUCAGUUUUAGUAUUUCAUUAAAUGAAACAAAGGCACUUUUAGAAAACUUCCUCAUGAAUUUCACAUGCAAUAAAAUCCAAUAUAAAGGUAAAAAAUAACAGAUUAAAAACAAACGAGGAAAUUACCUUCUCAGACAGGAGAAGCUAAAACUAUUUUGUUAAUCCACUGAAUGUUCAGAUGUGGUUCUUUGUUCCAAAGAGUUUCCUUUAACUCCUUCUACUCCUUUGACUGAAAACGUUCAUGAUUGUUUAAGCCCCAACACUGUUUAUGUAGUGUGUAUUGGUGUGUUUAAAGACGGUGGUCUUGUAUGUCUUACAGAACCUCACAUUAAAAAUACUGAACUGUCCCUGAUAUAUAUGAAACUGAUAUAUUUAAAGUUCCCUUUAACUGCACAUGUGCAGUGGAAUCCACCAUACAAACUACUGAAGGGCUUUUUCUAUUGUUUUGGCUUUUAUAGACAACAACCUUCCAGUUUAUCACUCUGAGGUAAACUAUAACUUCUCCUCCGACACAGUGAAAUGUUUCUCCUUAGCAGUUCACUCCUUUGCCAAGUUUUCCCUCACUUCAUUCUUGUGCAUAACCACUUUAUCCCUUCCUUUUUCUACUACGUCUCCUUAAACUAAUUAUUUUCUAACUCAGUUAGAAAAUAACUUAGUUAAAAUGUUAGUUUAGAAAAUAAACUGACAUUUUCAUAUCAGUUUAUUUAGCUUAGACACUUCUCCUGAAUUUAAAUUCAGUUAUGUGUGUAAUUCAACUGAACACACUCAUGAGCUGCCGGGUUUUUUGAAGAGAUGUAGGAGGCUCUGAAAAUAAAUGUUAGAUUUCAUAUUUUAGGGAUAUACAGAAAAACUGACCAAUAUGUAAAAAAGAUUUAGUUGUUGAAAGUUUGACUAAAACCAAAAUGAAUACAGCAAACUAAAUUCUGCCUAAAAAAAA